AUGGACAUGCUUUGGUAUGCACACAAACAUGGCUUCGUCCCGGAUGCAGACUUUGACUUCCUCUGGAACAAUUGCUCCAUGAGGCAGCCCUCAUUCCUUGCGCAAGGAUUCUGGCGUCGUGAGAACGGCAUGUGGAUGAGCAGCCUGCAGGGAACAGCAGCUCUGGAUGGAGCUUGCAAGAUGGCUGAGCGGAAGUUCAUGGCCACCACUUCCCGUGGUUUGUCCCAGAGUUGGAAGAAGGCCUACAUCAACGAGCUCGACGUCUUUUCCGAUUCUUCGUCUUUGGAUUGGACCGUUCCCAAAAGCCUGGACUUCUACACGGCCCAAUGGAUGAACCGCGCUGAUGUCAAGAAAGCUCUUCAUGUGGAGGAUGCACCGGUAAAAUCUUGGCCGGGUCCAACAGAUGGAUGGCAGUACACCAGCAACUACAAUGCCUGCAACAAGGCGCCUGGGCAGCCCAGCAUGAUCGACUUCUACCGGAAGAUCGCACCCAAGAUGACCACCACCAUUGUCUUCAACGGUGAUACUGAUCCGUGCGUCUCCUAUGAGGGCACGCGUACAGCCAUUGAGAGGGUUGGAUUCAAGAUUCUGCCCGGAGGUCACUAUCGCCCAUGGUUCUACAACAAGUCCGCAGCAGCGAUGGAAACGUUGAUGGAAAAGCCGAACCUCUUCGGUCCCAACUUGGAGUUGCGCCCUGCUGGUGCUCAAUUCGGUGGCCAUGUGGUGAACUAUGCCCACGGUUUGUCAUUUGCCACGGUGCAUGGGAGUGGACAUAUGGUUCCCCAGUUCAGACCCCAAUCAGCUGAGAGGCUGUUGAAUCGACUUCUCAGCGAUGGUCUUUUCGCUCCCUUGCUGCCCAGCGAUGCAGAACUGGCUCAAAUGGACGAUGACUCCUUCGACAAGUUCGUGGACAGCUGGACGGACAAAGCUCGAAGUGAAGUAUCGACAGGAUCGACGUCAGCUGCAAAGGCCAUCGAUCGCGAUCGCUCAGCUCUCGACAUUUUGGAUCUGCUCUUGGAGGCCAUUGUUGAACUCCUGGGCUAUGAGGCCGUCCUGGAAGGAUUCGACGUGGUCUGUCAACGAUGGUAUUUAGCAGCGGCUUGCCAUCCGCUGUGCUUCCGGGAUCGCUUUGAGACCUGGCAGCUGGACACACUGAUAAGACUUGACGAUUUGGUUUCCCAAGCAUCUGAACCACCGACUGAGAACAUGGAGACCCUGGACUGGCCCUUUGCCAUUGCCAUGGAGCAUGCUGAGGUUGAGUUGCGGAUUACCGAGUUUCUAGCAUCGCCUCCUUCGGUCUUGCUUGUGACCUUGUUGCAGUACGGACAUCAGUUGACCAGCUUUCUCCAAUGGAUUCACCUCGCAGAAGACAACGGCCAGACCCAUCAGUGCCAGCUCUUGAAUGCCGCAGUCAAGGCGCAGGGCAUCUCUGAGGGCUACUGCGAACGCUUCGUGCAGCAACGGGGCAAGGCACUCUUUCGGAUCCUUCGAACAGUUGCCUCGCUCUGGGAGAGGACUAGGACAAAGAAGAAGCUCACUGCUGCAGCUUUGUGCCCGGCCAAGGACUUGAACAUUCCACGCAGAAUCGCAGAUAUCACAGCUUGCACGAAGGGAAAGAGGGGAGAUGAAGAGGAAAAUGGAGAGUUGGAGAGUUGUGCGAACAUCGCCAACCGAAAGAGGGAACCAGACGGAAUGGAUGAAAUGCAGUGGCACCAUGGACGCGCCGAUCGGAUUCGCUUCGCUUUGUGCGUAGGUCAAGCAGAGGGUGUGACAUCCAGCCACAAGGCUUCAAAGACGGUGACCAUUCGACCUGCCAAGCUUCCGCUGGGUCCACAUGCCACGAAGCCUUUGUCGCCCAAACAAAAGCCAGAGUCACCGGCACGGAAAGCGCCACAAGAAGCGACAAAGGCAGCACCUUCGAGCCAACCUUCAAAGACGGUGACCAUUCGACCUGCCAAGCUUCCGCUGGGUCCACAUGCCACGGAGCCUUUGUCGCCCAAACAAAAGCCAGAGUCACCGGCACGGAAAGCGCCACAAGAAGCGACAAAGGCAGCACCUUCGAGCCAACCUUCAAAGACGGUGACCAUUCGACCUGCCAAGCUUCCGCUGGGUCCACAUGCCACAGAGCCUUUGUCGCCCAAACAAAAGCCAGAGUCACCGGCACGGAAAGCGCCACAAGAAGCGGCAAGCGGAGCCUCGAAGGCCGCCGUGCCACGGAAGAAGCCGACGGAACCAAAAGUGAAGGCGACCUCAGUCGUGAAGACUUUCCCGGCAAAAACACAAAAAACUUCGCCGGCACCACCUGUGGCUACUUCUUCUGUCAAGGUUCGAAGCGAAGUGAAGAGCUACCCGUCUCGUCCCCAGCCCAGGGAGCCAGAUGGACCUCCACCGGGCUGGGACAAGGCGACUGCAGAGAGUUCAUCGAGGACGACAACGCCAGCCGACGGUGAGACAGGUCCAAUUGGUGGCCGCGCCUCCGUCACCGUCGUCCACCUCCGGCCUCGCUCCGAUCGGCCAGCUGCUGGUCAGGUCCGUCAGGUCCGCCGAGCUUUGCAGCCAACUCCCAAAUCGAAGACGAUCGCGCGGGCACCUGAUGGCCGACAGAGACCAAAAUCGCCUGAGAAAGGCAAAGGCGGCGGCAAAGGCGGCAAAGGUAAGGGAAAGGACACAGGUGAAAAAGCUGUGAAGGAGGAAGAGGAAGAGGAAAGAGAUUACAGAGAUUACGGAGAUUAUGGCGAUCUGACAGAGGACCACUUUGAGAGUCCUAAGAGGUCAGAAGUCGACUGGGACAGAGACAAAGAUGGCAAAUCCGAUGGCAAAUCCAGUGGCAAAGGGAAAUCGAAGGCCAAAGGUUCGAAGGGCAAGGGAACGAAAGGAAAGCAAAAGGGAAAAGAGACCGACAAUGGCGAGAAAAAUGGCGAGAAAGCUGCGAAAGCAGCCGAGAAGGAGCCGGAAGCAAAAGAAAAGGGCAAGGGUGGCAAGAGUGGCAAGAGUGGCAAGGGAAAGAGUGGAAAAGACAAGGGCAGUGGUAAGGCCAGCCAAGCCAAGGGAUCUAAGGGAUCUGGCAACAAAGGGAAAGAGAAGAAAGAGGCGAAGAAUCAGAAAGAGAAGGAUAAGUCGGAUAAGAACAAUCAGGGCAAUCAGAGUCUUCAAGAGAACAAGGAGAACGAGAAAGAGAAGGAUGAGAAUGAAACGAAGGACAUGGAAGUCGACGACGCUGUGACAAAAGAUCACUCAGUGACGGAGGCUUCCACAGAUGACGACCUCUUUGGAAACAUCGGUGACGCUUGGAAGCUUCUCUGA